CACCCGCUUAGCUACCUGCUAGCUAAAGUCAUGGCCCUGCUUAAACAGAGUUGUGUCACGGCUCGGUUUUCCACAAACCACCUAUGGCUUAGUCCCAGGACCAUCCUGCAGGUUUACACAGGCUGCCUGUCGACUGCGGCUGAGUCCGCUCCGGAUCGGACUGAGAGGAAGAAAGAGCUCCUGAGCCAAGAAGAUGGACCUGAUCUGCAGGACUUUAUUUCAGGGGAGCUGUCAGAGAAAAGCAAGUGGGCCGCGUACAGAGGCAACCUGAAGAGGCAGAAAGGAGAGAGGUUAAGGCUUCCUCCAUGGCUGAAGACUGAGAUCCCCAUUGGAAAGAACUACAACAGGCUGAAGAACACUCUGAGAGACCUGAACCUGCACACGGUGUGUGAGGAGGCCAGGUGUCCAAACAUCGGGGAAUGUUGGGGAGGGGGGGAGUACGCCACAGCUACAGCCACCAUCAUGUUGAUGGGAGACACAUGCACCCGUGGGUGCAGGUUCUGCUCAGUAAAAACGGCCCGGCAGCCUCCUCCUCUGGACCCCAACGAGCCGUACAACACAGCCGAGGCCAUCGCUGCCUGGGGCCUGGACUACGUGGUUCUGACCUCCGUCGACAGAGACGAUAUCUCUGAUGGAGGAGCAGCACAUUUUGCUAAAACUGUUUCUAGCCUGAAGGAAAGAAAUCCUCAGAUCCUGGUUGAAUGUCUGACCCCUGAUUUUCGUGGCGACCUGGCAGCUGUAGAGCAGAUCGCCUUGUCGGGGUUAGACGUGUACGCUCACAAUGUGGAGACAGUGCGGGAGCUGCAGAGGUAUGUUCGUGACCCCAGAGCGAACUUCGACCAGUCUCUGAGUGUCCUCAAACAUGCUAAGAAGGUCCAACCCAGCCUGCUCACCAAGACCUCCAUCAUGCUGGGACUUGGGGAGACCGACACACAGAUAAGCAACACUAUGAAGGAGCUGCGAGAGGCCGGAGUGGACUGCCUGACCCUUGGACAGUACAUGCAGCCCACAAAGCGCCACCUAAAGGUGGAAGAAUACAUCACUCCUGAAAGGUUUGCUCACUGGGAGAAAGUGGGAAAUGAAAUGGGUUUUCUCUACACAGCCAGCGGGCCGCUGGUUCGGUCCUCUUACAAAGCAGGUGAAUUCUUCCUGAAGAAUCUGCUUAAAAAGAGACAAACAGAAAUCACGUGUGAAGAUUGAAAAGCUCUUUUCAUUUUACUUACUGCUCUGCUUCAGCAUUAAUGGUGUGAAGUAGUUCUGGUUAUAAGACAUUAAAUUAUUUAAUGAUGGAUUAUUUUUCAAAGACUGAAAGUCGUGUACAGUACAAAAAUAUACAUUUUGUCACAGUGUACAAGGGUGGAAGUGAAUGGAAACACUUCAAAACAGCGGUUUCUGUAAUAUCUGCACCUGUUGAUAGUUUUUAACUGCACAUGGUCAUUUUGAGUCUAACAUCUAAAAUGUAUAUUUGUAUUUAAAUGAUUAAAAGACUUUAUGUAUCA